ACGUUGCGGCGAGCUGACGUACGACGCGCCACUGAUUGAAUGGAUAUAACUGGAGAUUAUGUAUUAAUAUUUGAAAAGAAAUAGAAAUACAAAUACAGAAAGAAACAAAAAAGGAAGAACUUGGUUAUUUAUUUUAAGUAAUUAAGAAAAUAAAGAGAAUAAUGUCAAAUAGCCGCAAAUAUCUUCGGGGAAGGCUGUGACACGGUGGGAGGGACACCAAAGUUAAAAAAAAAUAUUUGUCUACAAAAUCUGUUGAAAAUCGCCGUAACGUGAGAUCUGGAUUAAACUUUUAAUUUUUACUUCUAUACGGAUGAUGCGAAAUACUAUGCGAAAUACUAUACUAUUAAAAGAUUAUGUGAAGGGUAAAAGUAAAUAAGAAUCACUGUAACAAUAAGAAACUUAAAAAAAGAAAGGUAAAAUAGACAGACGAAAGAAACAUUGGAGAUCUACUCUAAGUACUGUAUAGAGCGAAAGCACAUGUUAUAAAUUCUUUGGAAUUGUCGAAUAACGAAUGUUUUGAUAACUACAAAUUAUUUAAAGAUUUAUUUGUGGUGCAAAGCGAGAUGAACGGAAUUCAAUGAUUGGCACACAUCCUAGAUAGUACGAAUAAUUCCAUCGUUAUUGUUUCUUUCACGUCGUUAUUGCGACUAAUUCAGGAUACGUUGCCUUGACGGCAGGACUCAAAGUUCCGAGAGAUCCGACUUGCCGAAGCAAUUCGAUGAGAAGAGCCAGGCGGUUCUCGGUUUACGAGCUGCGGAUAAAGAUACGUGCAACUAGAAGCAUUGUUGCCGAAAACGCACAUUAUUCCUCGAAUAUAUUGGAAAAUAGAGAAGUCCCGCGGAAAAAUCAAAUUGAAUCUCAGCUAUCAUCGUCAUUUUUGUACUUUAUGAAAUAAUGUGCGAGAACAUGAAGCCGAACGACGUGUUAUACGAAUUGCAGAACUGUCAGAACGACGUGCCGAUUUUUCGAAGAUUGAUAAACUUCGCGUGUUCGCAUGAUUCUUCGGUGGCCGAGAGCACGAAAGCAUGGGAACCAGUUCUGGGGUACAUUGUAGAGAUAAUUAGUGGCAAUUCGGAGUCUGGAAACGAGCGCGUUUUAUUAGCGUGCCAUGCGUUUUAUGCUUUGCUCUCUGUGCGAUCUGUCUCAUUCUUGGACGUUGUGAUGCAGUUCCAGAAGUUGGAAUCGCGUGAUUUCUAUUUUCUCGAGAAGGAGUACGUCGUGUCUGAUCUCGAGCUGUUCAAAUUAUUAAACGCCCACGGUUAUCUGCAAGUGAAUCGGAAAGACAUGUACCUCGAUCCCAUUCUCUCAGCCAUGUUCGACAUUAUACAUAGAAAUUGCAUGAAAUACACCAGAUAUUCUUAUUUCGCGUACAAGGUGUUGUGUGUUUGGUUAAAGAGGACAUGCGACACAUCCUUUUGGCAUCGAAACGAUAUCGUCUUGGAGCAAAAGUUAGAGGCUGUCAUAUUUUCCAACUGGUCGAACGCGUUCAACGAUGUGCCCAAGCAAAACGUACAGCUUUUCAAUAUAUAUCUUCGAAUAAUGUCGCGGAAGUAUAACGGAUUUCUCAAGCAUGUAUUCGAUACGUGCGACAAGUAUAUAUCAUGGCAGGACGAAGUAAGGUUUACGAUACUGGCAGAAGUUCUUCGACUGUGGGACAACGUCGAAACUAUGAUAGAGAAUUUGACGCAGAACUUUUUGUACAAUCUAUUCGGCACUUUGGCGCAUAAGUCGCUACGUUGCGCCGUCACGAAAGUUUAUAUGGUAAUCCUGAGGAAGCUGAACGAGAGCGAGUGGAAGGAAGUAUUUGGACAGACCGUGGAAACUAUGAUCAAGCACUGGGAGUCGGGAGAUUUUGAGAAUUUCGACGCACUUUAUGCGUUACUUAAACAUUGGCUCGAUCCGACUAUUGAGAUGCACAAGGACGUCUUUGGAUUUUUAUGGGGAUUGCGGAUGGAUUCGCAGUAUUGUUACUUUCAAUCGCAUCUAUUGAUGACAGCCGCUAGAUUGCAUAUACCUAUGCCGUAUAUGUGCAACAUUGAUCGUUACAUCGGCGACAGAAAGGAGAUCACACGAGCGAAUGCUUUCGCCGCGCUUUGCUAUCGCGUCGUCGACCUUUUGGACGACGACAACCAGGCGGAUCUGUUCUUUCGGAUCAAACAAUUCCUCUGGUUUAACGCCAACGCUUCAAGCAUCUUUAUGCGCGAACACAUAGUUAAACAUUUUAGGAUAUUGUACUCGAAUAUCUUGAAACUGAUCAGCGUUACGGCUGACUAUGUAGAAUCCUUUUCCGAGUUUACGGAAUGGCUGCACGAAUUUCUCCUGGACUGUUUCGAGAUAGGCUCGUGUUAUCAACGCAAGAUCCUCGCUUUGAAGCUGUACAUGGUUUUGCUCUGCUUCACGAGCAGAGAUUCGUACAAGAAUUGCGCCCAUGUCGAGUAUCUUCGUAAUGUUGCGGUGAUCAAUAAGCACCUGGUUUCUACUAACAGUUGGAAAUUCACCAAUAAGAUGAGCUUGUUGGCAUUAUUGAGACUCGUGUUGGACAAUACACUCGAUAUUCGACAACUAGCUGCCGACCUUAUUCUGAAAUAUUUCAAGAAGGAUGUUCUGUCGAAUGUAGACAUGGAUGUAAUCUACAAAUGCGGGAUACAACAUUGUAAUUCUUUCAAGUUUUACGAAAUCGAAAGCGGAGCGGCUCUUAUGAAGAUACUAGCACAUUGGACAUCUUCGGGCAAGAUAAACGAGGAUUUAUCUACGACGCUUUCCGACGAUGAGCAUAAUACCAAUUUUCAGCACGUUUCCUUAUGUUACUCGGAAUUUCUAUUCUGCAUGGCCCGACAGCAAUUAACACUAAUGAGAAACGAUAUUUUGAAAGCUGUUAUCCAGAACUGUCCUUUCUACGGGAUGUUGACUGCUUUGCGAACAGUCGCUUUUCGUGACGGUCCGGAAAGAUGUAGUCUGACUCCGCAAUUCAUGGAGGAAGUGCUGAGUUUUUCAAAAGACGCUGUCAAUUUUUUCUUGUCCAUGUUAUUCAUAAAAGAAUCAAACACAGCUUAUUCAUCUUCAUUCGCGGAAAUGGGGUUAGCCAUUGAUGAGCAUAUUAGGACUAGUGAAAUAGACGACUGUAAUUAUGACGAAUUGCAGUUAUCACCGGCACAUCAAGUCCUUAUUUCGUGCAUUUGGAUGUCUUUGAAGGUGUUAUGUGAGAUCGCCAGUGAAAUCGGGAUGUUAAUGCAGUCGGACGCGACGGUGAAGUGUUCUAUGAAUAUUAUCGUCACGGUAUUGUUGAAGUGUCGGCACAAAGGCGUAGUGGAAUCCGCCGGAAUGGCAAUCGCAAAUUUAUCCAAACAUCUAUACGACAGAGAACAGUACUGCGAGUUGCCGAAAAAGUAUCUAAUGAAUUUGUUGGGUAAGACCACGGGAAAGCUGCUGCAUCUGACGCGUCGCGGCGCAGGAUUGACCAUUAUGUUUCACAAACUGGUCGUCAGCGACAAUCGGAAGGACCGACCUAUGGUGCAUUUCGCGGUGCAGAACUUGUUACGUUCGCUCGAGAAUUUCUCAAUGGAGGAAAUCAAGAAAGUACAAUCCGAACAGGACUCACCGUGGGCGAGGCGUCUGUAUUUUCUUUGCGCUUUGGUAGCCGAUAAAGAGAUACACGCCAGUUUGACCCCGUACAUGGAGGAGAUCUGUUUGAGAUGUUUCGAUUAUAUCGAGUCUGACGUUUGGACCGUAAGGAACGCGAGUUUACAGUUGUACGGCUCGGUAGUGCCGAGAUUGGUGGGCCAAUGCUCAGGGAACAGGAAAGACGAAUUGUUGGAUUUCGCGGACGGGUACUCUUUCAACCACUUCAUCACGCACUAUCCUACGCUCGCUGGUCGUAUGUUGACGCAAUUGCGAGCUGUCUCGAAGAUAACGGGAACGUCGGGCGCGGCAUUGCGUUCCUACGCGAAAGUCGCACACACGCUCGCGCUCCUGUCCAGGAUGUGGACGGGUGGUUGCGAUCUCGUUGAUUAUCCGUCUUCCACAUUCAUAAAGGAAUUCCGAAAAUCGUUGUAUGAGCUUUGCGAGAAACCGAUGAUACACAUCAGACAAUUGGCCGCUAAAGCGUACGUGGCACUGACACCUUCCACGCGUCUCGGCUCGACGUUAGACACGAUCCAACUGAUUAUCCGCGAAAGCAAAGACGACAAUCAGUCGUACGGAUUGUUUUUGAUCGUUAGACAUUUGACAGAAAGGUUGAUACGUAAUACUCACAUUUUAAAUAACUCAUAUGUACUUAAAGAUACGCACACCUCUGAUUUGCAUAUACACUUUUGUCAGCGGUACAGAGACGUAUUAACAGCUUGGCGAGAUAUGUGCGAGGGAGAGCGACAUUGUAAGCAGCCGUGCUAUAUGUUGGAGAUACUGUUCUUUGAGAGGAUACUAUCUGAAGAUAUAAACUUCUUGCCGAACGAACACGACGACAAUUGGUCGAUAAUCGAACGUAUAAUCUCGUUGCAAAAGAUCCAGCCAGGAUUCUUUCAGUUUCUCUCACUCCAGGCGAAAUACUGCGCCACGCGUGUGAAAAACAGCAUUCCGAAAGUCACACGCGGUAUCUUGGAUAUGAAUUGUACCGAGCAGAGUAUCGGAUUCCUAGACGGUUUGUCGCAUUCCGUCUCGCUGUUCGAAUUCAUCCUGACGUACUUGAACUCGAUGGAGGACGAUCACGAUCCGUUGCUCAUCGCUCACAUGGUAACAUUGGCGCGGAAAAUGAUGAAAAAUACCGAUUUGUUAGAGGAUAACGAGUCAAGGUUUAAUAACUUGACGAAGAGGUUUUGCGAAAUCGAUGCGAACACCGUCGCGACGAAUCCGAACGUGAUUUACAUGAAGAACGCAUUAAUUCUGGCGUUCUCUCAGCACGAAACGCCGAUAAACGAAGCGUUGUCGCGAGCUCUCUGUUUGAGCACGGACGACGAACGAUCGACGAGACUGGCGGCGACGGAUUACGUUGAGUUCGCACUUCGUCGUUUCGCUCAACUGACAAAUAACAGUCAGUUAAUAUUAAUGAAGUGUUGUUUGAUCCUACUGAAGGAUGAAAUCGCCGAGAUACGUGACAUCGUAUCGACAUUGUUGCAAAAGUACAAGCUAUCGCAGAAGCUGCAACACACGGAGAUCAUCUAUCAACGGUUUUUAGAGUAUGUCAUCUGUCGACCAGAUGUCGAUGAAUCGUCAACCGCUAAUAACAUGCCUAAUGAAAAAAUCGAGAACAUCAUACGGUGCUUUACACGCGGAAUUAGAGAUUCGGUCGAUUCUAAAGUGGCAAUCGAGAACCCGUUCUAUCACGACGAUAUUACUUUCUACAAAGAGGAAUCCAAAUUCUUAAAUUUGUGCUAUUUCUGCAUGAAACUCUGGAUAAACGGCGAAUCUUCGUUGAUUAAUGGAAGCGCUCACGAUUAUGGCAACAUUAUACGCACGAUUGAAAUAAGUCGCGAGCUUCAGAAGACAAUUGUCUUUAACUGUGAUGAUCUGCGAACGGUUUUGUAUACGAAGGAGAUGAAUUAUUUGACACGCAAACGAGAUUUUGUAUUACAGUAUCUACUAGUACCCCAGAUUGCUCAACAGUCUUCUAAUUAAAAUUGUAAAACACAAUUAUGUAUAUUAUAGUUCGACAUCUAAAGUUCUGAGACGAUUAAGUUUCUUCCUCUUCUAUCUAAAGUUAAAAAAGUUAAUCUUUUAUCAGUGUGCGUCAGUUUGAUCAAAUAAGUAAAAUAAAAUAAUUAUUGAGAACUGUUAAUACAUUAAAAUUAUUUUUUUACUGUUA